AUGAGCAGAGGGAAGGGUGAUGCUGAGAAGGUGGGACCCAUGUUCCCACGGCUCCAUGUCAAUGACACAGCAGAGAAAGGAGGACCAAGAGCACCACCGAGGAAUAAGAUGGCACUCUAUGAACAAUUUAGUGUCCCCUUUCAAAGAUUCAACCCUAAUUCAAAUUCAAAUUCUUCUAAUUCACUUCCUCUAACACGUUCCUCAAGCUUGGGAAAUGACCCUGAGAGAAGCUACAUCUUCCCAGUUUGCUUACCUUCACAAACAGAAAGUUAUAUUUCUCAUCAAUCUAAUGGAGCAAACAUGCACACUUUGACAGCACGAAUUGAACAUAGAAAAAAAGUAGAUGGAGAUGAUAGUCAUGCAUAUGAUCGCUCGAGGAUUGGUCAAUCUAAUGAUAAAACAAUGAAGAGUUUCAACGGGGAAAAACACACUCCUAUGGGCUCCGGGAAUUUUGGCUGUUCAGUAUCAGUGAAAAAUGACGGUGACAAAGAUCAAACACAAUUUGGCUCCUUGGUCGUCAAAAUGAGAAAAGAUGUGAGAAAUAAGGGUGAAGCGCAUCUGCAAGAAAGCCUUAGUAGACAGAAAACAGUAAUCUCUGUCGAAAGAAUAUUGACAGGAGAAAAUAUUGACAGUCCAGUGAGGCAAGCCAAGAUGAUUUCAGAUGAAGAGGAUCAAAGUGAUGCUUGCAUACAGCAGGAAUCCAAUAAUAUUGAACAUGGUGGAAGUCUGGUUGACUCUGCAAUGGAUACGGAUAAUAGAAACAGCUUUAUAUUAGGAGGCUGCUUUCGUUCUACAGUGAACCAAACCAGUGUACCUGAAACUGCCGAUCAUACCGAGUAUCAUGAUACCAACAUUGACAGCCCAAUAGAAAAUGGAAACUCAGAAGGAAGUGAUGAUCUUUCCAAGAAUUCCACUCUAGAAAAUAUGCCAAGCCCAAAGCUUUCUCCCGAUGGUGUCGUAGAGAUAUUAGGUCAACAACUUUUUUGGAAAGCAAGGCGAAAAAUUUCCAAUCAACAGCGAAUGUAUGCGGUCCAAGUGUUUGAAUUGCACAGACUGAUAAAGGUUCAACAUCUGAUUGCUGAAUCAUCAAAUCUUUUGCCUGAUGCUGCUGCUAUUUUGGGAAAAUUUCCUCUGCAGGGAUCUAAUUCUAAAAGCCUUUCAUUGGAAGAAGUUGUUGAACCUCACACACAAAAUCAUAAACAGCAAGACCAUUCUGAAAACCAAAACCAUAAAUUGGAUUGUUCUACUGAAAAUGGAGUUGGGAAGACAUCAUUAUCAUCCCAAAAAUCAAACCAGGCAAAUGCUGGUUCACAGUUUUUUAAUCAAUCACCUGGACAUCAGUGGUUAAUUCCUGUUAUGUCUCCUUCCGAGGGGCUUAUCUACAAGCCAUAUCCCGGUCCUGGAUUUCCUGGAGCUGUAUACGGAGGAUAUGAACCGUUUGGACACAGUCCUCCAGAUGGUACAUUCAUGAAUCCUGCCCAUGGAGUUCCAAAUUUUCAUCAAGCGAUUGCGAUGUCACCGUUCAUUCCUCCAAGCAGUUAUGCCUACUUCCCUCCUCACGGCGUUCCAGCAAUGAAUCAAUCAGCAUCAGUUGCUGAACAGGUAAACCAGUUUGUGGCACAAGGUUCUCGUGAUCGAAACGGUAAUUCAUCUUUAGUUGGAGCUGAUUUUGACACUCAUAAUAGUGGAGCCGUAUUACACGUCACAAAAUCUAGGCCAUCUAGGGAAAGAGAACUUGUAAGUAGUCCUAAUGAAAAGGCACAGGGAAUAAGAAUAGAGAAAUCUUCUGAAGGAAGAGACACAUUUCCAUCCUCCUUUACAGUUCCAUUAGCAUCAGAUGAAGUCUUUCAAUCGCUUGAAACAAGACAAAAACCGCAGGUAAUCAGAGUUGUGCCACAUAACCCACGAUCUGCAACGGUAUCAGCUGCUAGAAUUUUUCAGUCGAUCCAAGAAGAGAGAAAACAGUCUGAUCUAUUCUAG